AUGUCCUCUCAAUCCGAUAAAGAAAUGCUCCUAGGCGGAGAGAAAAGAGAGCAACAGGACCUCGAGUCGAGCAUUUUUAGUGGGAGCAUGGAACUUGAUCACGAUGAGGUCGCGGGAUUCUCCAGGCGAGGCUCACGAGCUGGUCGCUUCUUGAACCUCCCAUGGUGGAAGGUCUUAGUCGCGCUUCUGGCCAUCUGGGGCUUCAUAGACCUGGUUAGGGUCGUGAUCAGGCUCGCUCAGCAACUUCCAGCGGCAAAGACGGAUCACGGCGACCUUUCGUGGUACUGUAGACGGGAUUGCGGCAAAUCACUCGAGGAGGCAGAGCCCAAGGGCUGUGUGUGGGAUGAGCUCGAAUUCCGCUUCACCCACCCCGAAUGCACCAACUUGGAGGUCCAGCAAGACUUUCUCAGUGCCGGUCCCGGCCCCGACGGAACAUGGCUGUACGCUAUCGAUGUGGACUGGACGCAUGGCGCAGAGAGCCAUGGCAACAUCAACAACGGCAACAUGCACAUCAUAGACUCCAAAGAGCUGGUCAAACUGGUCAAGCCCGGCCUGACGGUGUGGCACUCGAAUCUCUGGCACAUUUCUCACUGCCUUUGGUACUGGAAGAAGGUGUCUUUAAGCCGCUUUGACGGCACACUGUUGCCUAUGGCGAGGGCAGAGGAAGCUGAGCAUUCGUACCACUGCACGCGAAUGAUCAUCAACUACCUGAGGAAGAAGCACCUGACGGACCAGUUCAAGACGAGCUUCAGCUUCUGA